GAGCUCCUGCCCCGCAGCUGAUUUCGACGUUUAUCUCUGUGCUUGCUGCUCCUAGAGUUGACUAAAUUAUAAGUACGGAGUAGUAGUAAGAACAUAGUUUGCAUCAGAAAAGAAUUGCCUUUUUUGAUCUUGUUCCGUCCGUCCAUCCAUGCGUGUGUGUUUAUCCCCGGCCGCAUAUGGUCUCAGCAUAUUCUUGAUUGCGCUUGCGCGAUUAAUUUUCCCCUUCCAUGCGAUUGCAGAAGGACAGCGGAGGAGUAUUUCUUAGCCGAUGUUAAUUUGUUCCGUGUGGCCUUUAAUUCCGAUGUAUACGGAGUAUGUAUUUAGUGUUGGGGAGUUGGAUAGAGGGGCGGCUGGCUGCUGCCUCGUUGGUUUCCUCUGUCUGGGACCUACGCUGUUUUGAAGAUAUGUGCUCUUGUUCCUGUGGUCAGGCUUGCUUGUUCUUGUGCUCGUUUGGAGUUGCUUUGGAAUCUGGAUAAGGUUCCCAUCUCAUCACUUCGAUCAAGAGCUAGAAGGGUAAAUGGGAUCAGAAGGACCUUCAAUUGUGACUGUCCACGUUACUGGAUUUAAGAAGUUCCAUGGAGUUGCGGAGAACCCAACUGAGAAAAUUGUGAGCAAUCUUAAAUCAUUCAUGGAAGAGAAAGGGUUGCCGAAGAAUCUUGUACUUGGAAGCUGCAAAGUUCUCGAAACUGCGGGGCAGGGGGCACUGGGCUCACUAUAUAAAGUUUUAGAAUCUGCCAUCGCAGAUAGAGAGAACGGGCCGUCAUCUCCGGGGCAAAUAAUUUUGGUCCACUUCGGAGUCAAUAGUGGUGCAACAAGGUUUGCUCUUGAGAAUCAAGCUGUUAAUGAAGCCACUUUCCGUUGUCCAGAUGAGCUAGGGUGGAAACCUCAGAGAGUCCAGAUAGUGCCAUCUGAUGGAAGCAUCUCACGGACAAGAGAGACUACACUGCCAGUGAAAGAAUUAAGCAAGUCACUCCGGAAAGGAGGCUACGAUGUGAUCCCAUCCGAUGACGCUGGUCGAUUCGUAUGCAACUAUGUCUAUUACCACUCUCUCAGGUUUGCAGAGCAACACAGCGUCAAAUCUCUAUUUGUACAUGUUCCUCUCUUCUCAACGAUCGAUGAGGAGGUCCAGAUGCAUUUCGUUGCUUCCCUCCUCGAAGCUCUUGCUUGCUCGAACUAGGAAAAUAACAAUAUUCCAAAGGUCAGCGGUUUGACCUCGAAGAUGUAAAGUUGGAAGCGGGCUGAAUAAAAUUUGUGUGAUCAUUGGUGCUUAUUGGUCAGAUCUUGCUCCAAAGGGUGUAUUUAAGGGAGAAAAAACAGGAUGCUUAGAGUGUACUACCUUCCUGUGGUCAAAUGAGGCUUGUAUGCCAUUUACAUGUCCUAAACAUGCCUGAAAACUUGAUUCCAAUAAAAUUUGAUGGAUUCGGAGUUUCUUUUCCA